AUGGCUACUCCUACUAGUAUUACUAUAAACCGUUCCAUUAUGGUCAAACCGGCCGAACGGACUUGGUCCGGCCGGAUGUCCCUCUCCGAAUGGGACAUGAUUGGAGCCAUAACCCACGUCCCGACGGUCUACUUCUACAAAUCAACCCCCUCCACCUCCCACCCGAACCUCCUCGACCACCUCAAGGACUCGCUAGCCCGAACCCUGGUCACCUUCUACCCGCUGGCGGGCCGGCUCGAACCAAUCCAUGGAGGCCGGUUCGACCUGGACUGCAACGGGCUAGGGGUGCGGUUCAUCGAGGCGGAAGCUAAGACGACGUCGCUUGACGAGCUAGGCGGCGACGAGGACCUGUCCAGCUGCACGGAUUUCCAGCCGCUGAUCCCUGAGGUUGACUACACGCGCCCGAUCGGCGAGUGGCCGCUGUUGUUGGUGCAGGUGACAAAGUUCAGGUGCGGCGGGAUCGGGCUCGGGUUCAACAUCUCCCAUGCUGUCGUGGACGGGCUCAGCGCGCUCCAUUUCUUCAACGAGUGGGCCCGGGUGGCACGUGGCAAGGGGAUCGGGAUGGUGCCGUUUCUCGAUCGGAAGGUUCUCCGAGCCGGCCAGCCGGCGGCGGUGAGUAGGCAUCCGAGGUUUGAUCCGGCUGAGUUCCAGCGCCCGCCGGCGCUUCUCCCCGAGGCCGGCUGCUCCAAUAACAAAGGAAACAAACCACACUACGAAACGAAGGUGGCGAAACUGAAGAUGACCAAGACCAAAGUCCAGAUGCUGAAAGACAUGGCCAACGAGACCACCUUCGACCACCGCCCAUACUCCACCUACGAAACCCUAACCGCCCACAUCUGGAGGUGCGCAUGCAAGGCCAGAAAACUCAAACCCGAACAACUCACCUCCGUCGGCGUCUGCGUCGACUCACGCCGGCGCAUGAACCCUCCUCUACCCAACGCCUACUUCGGCAACGCGGUGCUCGACAUCAAGGCCGUGAGCCGUUCCGCCGACCUAAUCACAAAACCUCUAGGUUACGCGGCCGGGAAGAUAAGGAGGGCAGUGGAGAAGGCCGACGGCGAGUUCCUGACCUCGGCCAUCGACUACCUGAAGAACCAACCAGACUUGACCGAGUUCCAGGAGGUGUACAUGGGUUCGACCCAUGAGUUCGACGGCGACACGAUGCUGUUGCAAAGUCAGGAUGGGGAUGGUUCCAUCGUGCUCGCCAUUUGCCUGAGGGUUGACCAUAUGGAGGCGUUCAAGCGGUGUUUCUAUGAUGAUAUUAUUGUUUAG